GUGGAGGCCCCGCCCCCUCGAUCCAGGACUGGCGUGCAGAGCCCCAGGGGACCAUGGUUGCUUCCAGGCUCUAUACCUUGGUGCUGGUGCUGCAGCCCCAGCGCGUUCUGCUGGGCAUGAAGAAGCGGGGCUUUGGGGCUGGCCGUUGGAAUGGCUUCGGGGGCAAAGUACAAGAAGGAGAGACCAUUGAGGAUGGGGCCAAGAGGGAACUGCAGGAGGAGAGUGGUCUGACAGUGGACACACUGCACAAGGUGGGCCACAUUGUGUUCGAGUUCGUGGGCACCCCUGAGCUGAUGGAUGUGCACAUCUUCUGUACUGACAGUGUGCAGGGGACGCCCCAGGAAAGCGACGAAAUGCGCCCUCGAUGGUUCCAGCUGGACCAGAUCCCCUUUGGUGACAUGUGGCCUGAUGACAGCUACUGGUUCCCACUCUUGCUCCAGAAGAAGAAGUUUCAGGGGUACUUCAAGUUCCAGGGUCAGGACACCAUCCUGGACUACUCUCUGCACGAGGUGGAGGAAAUCUAGCACAGAGCCGAGACUGUCAGUUCAGCCGCGUUCAUGGCACCAAGAGUCAGGGCUCACUUUUUCUGUUUGGUAAGGAAAAUAAAGGUCUUCAUCUUUUGAA